AUGGAGAUAAUCAGAGGUCCAUCAAUCUCUCGUCCUCCUGUACUUGAUGACAAAAAUUAUUCAUAUGGGAAGGCCCACAUGAUAUCAUUUCUAAAAACUCUUGAUGGAAGGACUUGUAGAGUUGUUGUAGCUGGAUGGGACCCACCAAUGAUCACUAUAGAUGGUCAUUGUGUUCCUAAAUCUGAAGUUGAUUGGACUGAUGUUGAAGAACAAGCCUCUGUGAGAAAUUCUACAGCCAUUAAUACUAUCUUUAAUGGUGUUGACUUGAAUGUGUUUAAAUUGAUUAACUCUUGUAGCUCUGUAAAGAAAGCUUGGAAAAUAUUGGAGGUUGCAUAUGAAGGCACUAAAAAAGUUGAAAUAUCCAGAUUACAGUUGAUAACCUCAAAAUUUGAAGCUUUAAAAAUGUUUGAGGAUCAGUCUGUAGCUGAAUGUAAUGAAAGAGUUCUAGAAAUAGCCGAUGAAUCAUUCAACCUUGGAGAAAAGAUUUCUGAAUCCAAGAUAGUGGGAAAACUACUGCGUUCUCUGCCUGAUGAUGAUGAUGAACUAGCACCUAAAGUUACCAUGGUACCUGAAGUAGCUGUUGUUGAUGCUCUUAUAGCUGAUACAACUGUAAAUUGCUUUGGAGAUGACUCAAAAUCAACUCAGAAGGAAGUAACAGCUGAGGAAAGUGAACUUAUUCCAUCUUCACAUGUCUGA